GGCAGACUUUCAAUUUCCAAAUCUUUACCACCACAAAAAGCUUCCAUAAAUGAAACAUAAGAUCUUCCAAUCAGGAUGAAAAAGGAAAAAUCGCCUCAGAAACAUGCUACAAUUCUAAAAAAUAAAGUACACUUACAAAGUGAAGUGCAUGAUCUUGGAAGUCAGCCAAACAAAGAAUAUCGAAGUGAAGAAAAAGGUUUACACAGCGCAAAUCUGCAGCAACAAUCUCCAGUCCACUUUUUACCAUUUUCAUCAGACAUGUCUCUGAAAAGCUAUGUAUCCAGCUCUCUAAGUUCAGAAUGGUCUACACCUUCAUUUACACAAAAAUCUCCUAAAUCGUCUUCAACAGAUUUUUCCAAAACUGACAACAUAGAUGCUGGCAGCCUUUCUGAGCUUAUACUCCAGGAGACCCAUUUUGCUGUCGGUACAUCUCAGUCCCACAUGUUAGGAGAAGGGGAGGACUACUUUCACUCUUUGUUCUUCAACUCAAAGAGACACCUCACAACUUCUGGAUUGUCUCCAGAUGACUCCGACACAUCUAAUUCCAAUGCUCUUGGAGACAUUAAAAUAGUUGAAGUGAGUGGUUUGUUCGUGAAGAUAAUUAACUCUUCUCCUGACAAAGAACUGACAAUUGGAGAUCAUAUUCUCCAACAAAAUGUCAAUGGCCGCGUAGUCUCUUUUUACAGAUUCCACCCAAAUAUUAGACUGCCAGCCAAUGCUGCAAUAACUGUUUGGGCAGCAGCAUCUAAGGUAAAGCAUCAACCACCAUCAGAUUUUCUUUGGAAGGAACAGGACAAGUUUAGAACAAGUACCAACUGUACAACCAUCCUGUGUAAACCUAAUGGUGAAGCUAUUGCUUGGUAUUCUCCUAUCCAUUGGAAGCGAGCUUGGGAGAGAUUUGAUUCUGACCAAAAAUCUUCCAGAAGUCCACUGAUAAUAUCGUCUAAAGAACAAAUGAAUCAGGAAAUACCAUCUGCAGCAAUCAAAGCAAAACGAGAACAAGAAACUGCAUCAAUGCUGGAGGAACAAGUUCGAGUUUUUCUAAAGAGAGAAAAAGAAAUCCCACCAAGUCUUUUCCCCAAUCGUAGCCCAUGGGGUCUCAGUCAGAGCUGUAUUGUACAUCCCAACUACACAUUGUUUGGACCACUUACCGUGGGCAAUGAUGGGACCACUGUAUGCAGACAGUCUGUGUCACAAUCAGCUAUACUUGACUUAAAAGCAGGAGGAAAACAACCUUAUCAUUAGAAGUCUCUUUAAAACCUAUUGUGGAACUGGACAUUCUGUAGCAGCCUCAGGAGGAGGAAAUUCAAAUCUAGUGAACAAUAAGAUACCACAAUGUGCUGUGCUCAACCUUCAUCAUUUAAGAGACAAAGUCAGCAGCUAGCAAGAAGGUGGUUCUUUUUUGAAAAAGAAUAAUUUCUUAUAUAACUUUGGAUCCCCUGCACCCUGGGGUGUUCAGUGCUGACCAAUAUAUUUAUGCUUUGAUUUCAUUUAUGGAAAAUUGCAGCUGAAGUAUAUGCUUCUUAGAGCAUCUUACCAUUUGCUACCUCAAAUAGCACUUUUCCAAACUAGUUUCUACACAGAACAGUUUUGUCCUUGAUGAUACUCCAUUGUCAUAAAUCAAUAAAUGUUGGUCUGGGAGUAUCCAGUAUCUGGGGUAAAGGAGGGCAGAGACAGGAAAAUCUGGCAACCAAAUAAAUGGGCAAGCAAUAUGAAGGACAUGCAUUAUAUCUAGUUCAAAGAGAAAACUUUGAGACUCAAAAGAGUAAGUGGAGAAUGUGUCUGUGUCUGUGGUGUGAGUGGGGGGUGGUAAGGAAAGAGUCAGAGACAGAGAAAAAGAGGGAGAAAAGGAGAGAGAAGAGAGAAAUAGAAGGAGAGAAAUAGAAACACAGAAGAGACAGAGAAGAAAGAAGAGAGGAGAAUUUCAAGAAGGGAUAGUGGAAAUGUAGGGAAAUAAAGAUAUUCAGAGAAUGAAGAAAAAGUUCAAUCCUUUGUGCUUAUAUAGAGUGAUAGUCCAGUAACAAAUAUCCUUGUUGGAUCCUGAAGUGGCCCCACACCUAGCCAGCCUUCAUUAAAGUAAAAAUUCUCUUAUAGAAUCUCACUUUAGAGCAGGUACAAAGCCAAAAUACUAAUAAUGAUAAGAAUUAACACUGAUAGAGCAUUUCAAUGUUUGCAAAGUGAUAUAGAUGAUUGGAUGGAUAGAUGGAUGGAUGGAUGGAUAGCAAUUACUUUGGAAAGUAGGUACUAUCUAUUUUACACAUGAGGAAACUAAGACAUUGAAAUAGCUAUCAAAAUAUAUACGAUCUCAUGACUGAAGAGUCUUUAAUUUCUCUAUCUACAAGGGUUUCUAAUUACAAUAAUGACAAGAUCCUGAAGUGACAGUAAGAUAGGAGUAGAUGGGCCAGAUAUCCAGGAAUCUUUGAAAUAUUCCAUAGGGAAAAUUAAAAGAUGGAGAUUAAGCAGUCCUAAGCAGCCUUCAAGAAGAAUUUGGUACCUUUUUGUUGUAAAACUACCCAAUUGUGAGGGGGAGCUAAGAUGUUAGAGUAAAAAUAGGAACUCAUCUCUUCCUCCAAGCUGCCUCAAAUUCCUUUAAAUAAUGACUCUAAACUUUUUUAAGAGAACAUACAGAAACAUGGAGUAGAACGUUAUAAAGCUGGCGACAACUUAGAAAGUCAGCGAGAAAGUCUGUGACAGAAGGGUGAGAGUGCAGUGUGCAGUUCUGAUGCAGGCUACAUUUAUACAGCCCCAGCCUUAUCCCCAACUCUGGCCCCUGUGCCAACAAAGCAGGCCUAGGGACUUCUGAAUAAGUGGCAGUACUGGUGGUCCUACUUUAUCAAAGAGUUAAAAGCUAAAUAAUAGGCUAAGAAAACGAGCAGACAGCAGAAAAAGAUUCUGACCACAGAAAGUUACCAUGGUGACAAGCUUAAAACACAAAAAGAGUCAAAGUUCCUAAAGCCAAAGCCUCCAAGAAAAACAAGAAUUGGUCUCAGGCUAUGGGAAAACUCAAAAGGGAUUUUGAAAAUCAAGAGAAAGGAAAAAUUAGGAAGAGAAUUGAGAGGGGUGAAAAAGGAAAUUCAAAAAGCCAUAAAGAGAAGAAUGCUUUAAAAACAAAACCAGCGAAAUGGAAAAGUAGAUACAAAAGAUCACUGAGGAAAAUAAUCCCUUAAAAUUGAAUAGAAGUUAAUGAUUUUGUAAGAAAUCAGGAUGCAAUACCAAAAAAUAUUGAAAAAAUUAGAAAAUAUGAACUGUUUUAUUGGGGAAACAACUGACCUAGAAAAUAGAUCCAGAAGAGAAAAUUAUUGAUCUAUCUAAAAGUCAUUUAAAAAGAGCCUGUGCUUUAUCUUUCAAGAAAUUAUCAAGAAAAAAAUGUCCUGAUAUUCUAGAAUAUAAAAGGAAAGAAUCCCCAAUCACCACCUAAAAGAUCUCAAAAUGAAAACUCUCAGGAAUUUUGUAGCCAAAUUCCAGAACUCUUGGAUCAAGGAGAAAAUAUUGCAAGCAUCCAGAAAGAAACAAUUCUAAUGGAGCCACACUCAGAAUAGCACAAGACUUAGUAUCUUCUAUAUUAAAAGAUCAAAGGGUGUGAUUUGUGAUAUUCUGAACAGUGAAGCUAGCUGCACAAUCAAGAAUCACCUAUCCAGCAAAACUGAGAAUAAUCCUUAAGGGGAAAGAGUAGACAUUCACCGAAAGAGGAUUUUCAAGCAUUUAUAAUGAUUGGAGCUGAAUAGAAAAUUUGAUUUUCAAAUAUAGGACUCAGGAGAAGCCUAAGAAGAUGAUCAGGAAAAUGAUAUAAGGGACUUCAUACAAUUUAUCUGUUUACAUGGGGAGGAUAUUUGUACCUCAUUAAAACUGUUAUUAUGGUAGAAAGGAUAUAUAGACAGAGGGCACAAGUGUGUUUAAUAUGAAAUGGGUAAUUUUAAAAAUGGGAAGUUAAGGGAUGAGAUGUACUAGGAGAAAGAGAAAGGGAGAAGUGGAAAGGUAUAAAUUAUCUACCAUAAAAAGCAAGAAAAAGCUUUUACAGUGGAGGGAAAGGAAAGAAGGAAGUGAGUGUACUUUCAUCAGAAUUGGUUCAGAAGAAAUAACAUACAUACCUUUCAGGAAAGUACAACUGGAAUUGGGAGAGGAGGGUGAUAGAAGAGAGGGCAUAUUAAGGGGGGGGGGGGAGUGGCAGAGUGGCCAGUAAAAAAAAUUUUUUUUACACUGAGGCAAUUGGGAUUAACACUAUUUGCCUACAAUCACACAGCUAGGAAGUAUUGUGUCUGAGGCCCGAUUUGAACUCAGAUCCUCCUGACUUCAGGGCUAGUACUCUAUCCACUGCAUCAACUAUAGCUGCCCCACAAAACACUUUUGAGAAGGGAUUGUGUGAAAGAGAGACAAUAGAAUAAAUGGGGGAAUAUAGUAAUAGUAAUUGUAAAAAAAAUUUUUGAAGCAAGUUUUCUCUAAGGCCUUAUUUCUCAUAGAUUGAACCAAGUCAAAUUUAUAAAUAAGAGCCAUACCCCAAUUGAUAAAUAAUAAAAAAAAAUAUGAAUUAUUCCCCAAAGGCUAUAAAACCAUACAUAUCCUUUGACUUACAAACAUUAACUGGGUAUGAAUCCCAAAUUUAGAAAAUUGGAAAAUGACCUAUAUACAAACCUCCUUCCCCAAAACCAGCUCUCAGAGCAAAAAUAAAAAAAAAAUAGAAAUUGAGGGGAUGACCAUCAAUUCAGUAAUGAUUUAAUUAUGCAAUGUGAUUAUGAUGGAAUAUUUUAUGUGAAAUGAUGACCAGGAUACACUCAGAAAAAUCUGGAAAGACACAAGAACUCAAGCAAAGUGAAAUAUACUGUGUACAAAGAGCAAUGUUCUGGGAUGAUCAGCUGUGAAUGACUUUGCUAUUAGCACAACAAUAAUCCACGACUACUAUGAAGGACUUAAUAAUGAAAAAUCCUACCCAUACCCAGAAAAAAAACUAUCUAAAUAGAAAUUCAAACAUACUCUUAAACUUGAUUUUUCUUAAGGUUUCAAGGAGGACGAGAGUUUUUUCUUUCACGUGAUUUUUAUGGAAAUGUUUUGCAUAACUUCACAUGUACUUUGUUAAUAGGGGUUAAGGGGGGAUAAGGAAAAGAGUCUAGAACUCAAAGUUUUUUAAAUAGAAAAAAUGUUAAAUGUAACUGGGGAAAAUAAAAAUAUUAAACAUUUUUUUAAAAACUACACAAUUGUGAUGAUACUCUUGGACCACAGAAAACUCACCAUGUUAUUUUUCCCAUCUGUAGCCUGGUGAUAAAUAUUUUUAUUUGCUGAGGAAGAAAGUAUUUAUGUAACUGUUGGUGUCAAAACAAAUUAAUUUUCUAAAACUGAAUCACUUAAACUUAUCACUUCUUAGCUGUGUAACCCUGGGCAAGUUACUUAACCCCAAUUGGCUCAGCAAAAAAAACAAAAAACCUGAAUUUAUAAACUUAUAAACCUAUUUUUAUAGGUUUUCCUGUAUUUCCCAGAGUUGGGUGAUUUUAAAGACAUGCACAUAAUUUCAUGAUUUAGACAUGAUAAAAUAAAAAUGAAUCUAAACACAGGUCCCAUGAUGAACUGUUCCAAAAUGGCAACAAACCUUGAAGUAUCUAAAUUUUAGGAAAGAUGUUAAAGUUAGAGAUUUUCCAGACCACCAUCCCUUGCUAUUAAUAGAAGAGGUUAUUUCAUGUUGCUUUAAUUUAGCCAUUUGGAUAAGUUUUUAAAUUGCUGUAAUAGCCUCAUUUAUGCUUUUAUUUUUUGCUUAUGUAUUUAUAUUUUAUGCUUAUAUUUAUGCAUAAUGGGCAAAAA